AUGCUGUCGGGUGCUGAGUCAGCAGCGCUUCUGUCCGCGCUGGCAGAAGACAAGUCCUUCAAAUCCAACGCCGAUGCCUUUUCCCGCGCUUUUCCUCCCACCCGUCGUUUCACCGCCUGCUGCGCCCUCGCCAUGCUCCUUGAGGUGGGUGGCGUCAGAUCCAUCCCUGCCAGCCAUAGAGGGCUGCUUCGCCUAGAUAUCUCCACAGAUGCCUGUCAACGUGGCAUCAGAGCCAUCUCUGCCGGCCAUAGAGCGCUGCUUCGCGCUCAACCUGCUCUCACACUCAAUGGCGGAUUUUCCCAGCAAGUCAGCUCAGGACUAUGUGCAGCACUUCAAUCCGCCCAACCAGGUGGGUGA